GGCUCGUCCCUGCCACCCCUUGCUGUUCCAGAUGGGCACCCGGCAGGUGCAAGGCUGGGUUUUGUGUAUAGGCUGCUCUGUUUGCUCUGAUAAUUAAUGCUAAUUGCAGGGGGUUUAUUGACCAACUAGGAGAGGUCCUUCCUGUCUUCUCUGGAGAAAUGCUGAAUGCAAACAGAGCUGAGAUCUAGGUGGAUUUCCAGCUGGGCCAGGGGAUGGGGGCAGUGAGCAGUAAGAUUUUUAUGAUGGCAGUCACCUGAGCUGCGCAAACAGUGACUCCAGUGAGCGUGGGGCUAUAUAGGGCAGCUCCCUCCUGCCCCGCGGACACGAGGGGCCGUUAUUCCUCCCAUCUCCGUGUGCCAGGUGAGGAUGGGGCCGGCACCAAGCACAGCCUCGGGGUGCUCGGGGGGAUGAGAGCUGCCCUUAUGGGAUGGGGCAUACUGCAGCUGUGCAGUUUUCAGGGACGCCUGCGGAAGAGAGAAGGAUGAUGGCAGCCAGGUGUGCCCUUCUGCUGCUGUGCUGCAUGGUGUUGCUGCAAGUGGUCGGAGCCAGGUACCUGCUGAGCUGCCCCGAGGGCUGGUCCUACUACAAGCUGAACUGCUUCAAGUAUUUCCGCCAGCACCGCACCUGGGAGGAGGCAGAGGCACAGUGCCAGAGUAGCUACACUGGAGCCCACCUGGUCUGGGUGGAGGAGCCCAAGGAAGCGGCCACGCUGAGCCGGGUCAUCGCCUACUACCAGCGCACGCAGCCCGUCUGGCUGGGCCUGCAAUACCUGCGGCAGAGCCGGGACUGGCGCUGGACCCACGGGGUGAAGUACGAUGACCUCAACACGGUGCCUGGGAACGGCGCCCGAGGUGGAAGCUGUGCCCUGCUGACCCAGAGCAGCAGCUUCACCGUGUGGUCCAGCGCCGACUGCAACCAAAAGCACCACUUCAUCUGCAAGUUCACGCCCUCACAAUGAGCAGGGCCCCGUGCCCACACGAUCCUCCCGCCCCACCUCCAUGCUCGUCCCUCUCUCUCUCAAAAAUACAUCUAUAAACAGAGAAGCAUGUGA